CCCCGGCUGUGGCCUCAGGAGGGCAGGAGAUCAGUAGCGUACGAGCGCGCGAGCGGUGCACGACGAGGGUGCGUGCGUGCGGGUGUGUGCGCAUAGAGGGUGAGCCGUGAGCGAGCGAGGGCGAGUGAGAGCGAAAUUGCCCCUCUCCUCCUCCUCCUACUCUCCCGGCGUUGCGGGAAAAACUCGCCUCAGCAUGCAACCACCGCCGAGAAAAGGAAACUACGCGAAGUUUCUAAAGCAUGUACACGCGGAGCAGGCAGCGAAAUUGCAAGCAAAAAAUCAGCACGAAUGUGACCUUCUGGAAGACAUACGGUGAAGACAUACGAUAUUUUACUAAUUUUACGAUUAAAAAAUCUGCCAUUGAAAAAUCCUACUCUGAGGCGCUGCUCAAGAUAUCGUCCGCAUACUUAAACAAAAAAAUACCGAACAUACCAGAUCUUAAAUUCGAUGGAGCCGAAGAGAAAUGGAACAUGUGGAACGUGUGGCGAACCGUGCUGGAGGAGAACGAGAAGCUGGCGCGCGCGCAUCUCGCUGCCGUCGAGGUCUUCCAGCAGCAGAUCGCCGAUGAUGCCAAGGGCCUCAGGAUGCAUAAAUUACAAGUCUCUAAGAAGGCAAUCGACCAAUUAUUAAUAGUACAAAAAGAACUGCAGACCUGCGUCCAGGACGUUGACAAAACAAAGAAAUUGUACUUUGACGAAGAACAUAGCGCACACGAUGUACGCGACAAGGCAAAGGAUAUUGAAGAAAAAUUGAAGAAGAAGAAGGGUUCCUUUUUCACAUCGAUAACGACAUUGCAGAAAAAUAGCGCCAAGUUUAGCUCGAAGCGAGAUCAAUUAGAAGAGAAAUCAACCGGAGCACGCAAUGAUUAUCUAUUGAGCCUCGCCGCCGCCAAUGCUCACCAAAAUCGAUAUUUUGUAGUCGAUUUACAGUCCACCAUGCAACAUUUGGAGCAAGGAGUUUACGACAAGGUAGCGGAAUAUUUAACGCUGAUGGGACGCACGGAAUUACUCACUUGUCUAGCCACGCAAAAUAGCUUCGGCAAAAUUCGCGAUCAAGCUCAGCAGCUUACUAGGGAAUACAAUAUCCAAUGUUGCUGUUUAUACUAUCCCGUUUUGAAACAACACAUUCAAUACGAGUUCGAAUCCUGCGAUAACGAUGCAAUAGAUAGGAUAACUGCCGAUCAUUCGGCAGCGACGACGUUGGGCAAUGAAGCGCGUCGCUGGUCGACGAGGAUUGCCCGCGAGGUCAACAAUAUCCGCGAGAACAAUCGAAAGCUGCAGGCACUGCUACAACUCAAAGAGGCUGGCCAAAAGACUGAUCCGAAUGAUCCUAAUGGUCCAGAUUUAGAUACAAAAAUCGAUGAUUUAAAGCACACUAUUCGACGAGCAGAGACAACAAAACUCAAGGCCGAAGCGAGAUUAGAAUGUCUUCGACACGGUGGAGUAAAUGUGGAUGAAUUCCUGCAAGAGGCUGAAACGCUGAGCGUUCAGGACAUACCUCGUUCGGCCAGUUCCCUUUCUGUCAGAACAGAUGCAUCUGGUGCAGCGGAACAUCCAUCAUCGGACUCUUUCUAUGACAGUGAUGGCGAUGGCGGAAGCGAUCUAACAACCGUUGAACGACCUGGAAAGACUGCGUCACAGCAUGAGGAUGAAGUCGAAGAAAGGCAAAGGCACGACAGCGCCGAAGUCGAUGCAUUGUUAGAGCAGGAGAAGCAACGAAUGGAGCAGCUAACAGCAGGCUGGGACGAUCCCACGUCGGUUGAAUGGGGCAACGAAGAGAAGGACGAGCAAGAAAUGACGCACGAGAUACUAGAGAUGCCUUCUAAUCAACCCAUAUACAAGUGUACUGCUCUCUAUUCUUACACAGCGCAAAAUCCCGAUGAGCUUUCCAUCGUGGAAAGCGAACAGCUGGAUGUAGUGGGCGAAGGCGACGGUGAUGGAUGGUUAAAAGCACGAAAUUACCGGGGAGAAGAGGGUUUCGUACCUCAGAAUUAUCUCGAUGUGGAGAGAGAGCCGGAGACUACUACCGGCGGCUUGACCUCGCAGGGUCCGAGUCUGGUCCAGCAAAUUUCAUUCUCAUCGGUCGAUUAUACGAUCGACGAUCACGACGCCGUCGAUCCCGAUGCUGGCUUGCAAAGUAUUGUUCCAGAAGCUAUUAUGCAAAAUCACAUUGGAGAAGUUGAGCAAUAUUGUAUCGCGCUCUACGAUUACGAUGCAACGUGCGACGAGGAGCUAAGCUUCCUAGAAGGCGAUAUCAUCAGAGUGCUGAGAAAAGAACCGCAUGAAGUGGACGAUGGCUGGUGGGAAGGCGAUUUAAGAGAUCAGCGAGGCAUCUUCCCCUCCCUCGUUGUGGAACCUUGCGCUCCGGAUGGGUCCCCUUUGACCCCACAGGAAGAUGUAACACCACCGAGUUCUGCACCGCCAGUCUUCACCCCGCCGGAAAUACCAGAAUUUUUGCUAGCCGAUGAACUCGCUCAGCUCGACGAGUCACAAGAAGAAAAGUCAGGGGUGAAUGGCGAUGGAGGUUUCAUAAUAAAUCUGUCCAAGAACCAAAAGGACCAUUAUGGCUUGCAAUUUGAAGAUGACGAAGCGGAAGCGCCAAAUAUAUUAGUCGUGGAGGUAUCAGAUGAAUCGAGCGAUAAGGCAGAGAAGUCCGAAGAUCCCAAAUCCGCUAACCAAAAGGACGAUUUUGGUCUUGGAGUAGCCCAGAUCGUCAUUACAGCUGCAACUCCAAUGGAGGAGAUCGAACAUCCUUUUCCUGGGGUAGAGGAGACUUCGGAAGAUCCAGCAAAAUCAGAAACCUCUGAAGCUGACCCUGAAGCUUCAAGUGCUGCUUCGGAUCCAAACGAGAGCGAGUGUAAAGAAGAGGAAGAGGCGACUGUCAUUUUGGAUGAAAAAGAGGAAGAAGAAGUUGAAGAAAAAUCCACGAUUGACGAACUUCCUGCCGAUUCAGCACCAUUUCCAAUCAGCAGCAGUUCCGGAAGUGAAGCGGAAUCGAUCGCUUCUGGUCCCAGUACUAACGAAAAUUCCCAAUCGAGAGGAACGGUGGUGGAAGUGACAGAAGAAGUCACAGAAAUCACAGAGGAAGAAGAGGAGGAAAUGGUGCCAGGCAAAAUGCUGGUAGGAGGAAGGGCCAGCAUCCCAGAUGAGCUUCAACCGGAUCAGUUAGAGAAGUUGCAGACGCUCAAGGAAUCGAACGCCUAGGGCUGACUGGGCCCCAGGGCCCACAAUGGCAAGAUUACAUUGCCUGAUGGCCACCCCGAUAAUUUUCGACAUCUCUUGGAUUUCUGGCGAUCGCCUGAAGUGCUAAGCAAGAAAGACUAACUCCUGUAAUAAAACUCCAAUAAGACUCUCAACUGACAAGGUUCUUAUGGUGAUCGAGUAGUGGUGGGAAUAAAGAUGUUUUAAAUUGUGAUUGAAUUAUCGUUAGGAUAAUGGGCGUUAAUAGAUCAAUUGGUGCUGAGAAAUAUUAUUAUUAUGAGACUAUAAUCAUUUUUAUGUGUGUCUUUAGUAUUAGAUUCUGAUAUUUCAACGAGAUUCUGUCAAUUAAUCUAUAGAACUCUGACGAAUUAUAGAAUUUACAUGGGUUUGUCAUAAAAUAUUCAAACUAAGAUUUAAUCGGAUUGCAAGUAUUUUGAAGAUGUAAUGUGAAAUAUCUUGAGCAACCGAGCAGUAUUAUGAGAGAUCGAUUUAUGAAACUAAGUAGAUUACCCUAUUGAUCUAUUAACAUCCUGGGAAAGAAGAGAGAAUGAUCUGACAAAUCUCUUGAUUGACAGAAUGAUUAAAUUGAAUAAAAGAUAAUUUAAGUUUGAUAAGAUAUGUAUAAAACCAGGACAGUCACAAAGAAUAGAAGAAUUAAUACAAGAUCACCACAACACAUUAUACAAGACUUUAUAUAAGAUCACUGAGAUUGAUCCAUUCAUAAAAAGUUAGAAGAAUUAACUGUCCUAUUUUAGGGCAAUGGGCUUUAAUGGGUUGAUUAGAGAAUCUCGAUUUAGUGAAAUUGACAAAGAGAUGAAGGGGAAGAGAUUUUUUUCGUAUAAGAUAGUGUACAGUGAGACGAUAUAAAACAGAAGAUUAUCGAUACCUAUGUACUACAAAGGGUGUAAUAACUUGCACGCAGUCAUUGGUGUACAUUUCAAGGGAAUUACACUGGUGUUGCAUGUAAGAAGGAUUGUGUUAUUCGAUUUUCCAUCUCUCGUUUUCAUUUUACCCUUACUUAAUUUAUUAACAAUCUAUAACAAGAAAAAUUAAAAUAUGAGAAAUUCAACAAAAUAAAACAUAAUAUAAAAAUAAAUUAUAAAUUUAAUAUUUUU